AAAUCGGAGAUGGGGCCGACUGCGUGUUUCCGGAAGACGUGGCGGCUCUCUUCUGGGCUGCUUCCCGGCUUCAUUUCUCUCGACUCAGCUUCCCACCCUGGGCGUUCAGAGGUGCUGCGGCCGCUGGCCUCACCGCUGCAACCAUGAUCUCCUUAACAGAUACUCAAAAAAUUGGAAUGGGGUUAACAGGAUUUGGAGUGUUUUUCCUGUUCUUUGGAAUGAUUCUCUUUUUUGACAAAGCACUACUGGCUAUUGGAAAUGUUUUAUUUGUAGCUGGCUUGGCUUUUGUAAUUGGUUUGGAAAGAACAUUCAGAUUCUUCUUCCAAAAGCAUAAAAUGAAAGCUACAGGAUUUUUCCUGGGUGGUGUAUUUGUGGUCCUUAUUGGUUGGCCUUUGAUAGGCAUGAUCUUCGAAAUUUACGGAUUCUUUCUCUUGUUCAGGGGCUUCUUUCCCGUGGUUGUUGGCUUUAUUAGAAGAGUGCCAGUCCUUGGAUCCCUCUUAAAUUUACCUGGAAUUAGAUCAACUACAUAGGCCCAGAAGAGAUCCACAGUAAUGUUUGUAGAUAAAGUUGGAGAAAGCAACAAUAUGGUAUAACAACAAGUGAAUUUGAAGACUCAUUUAAAAUAUUGUAUUAUUUAUAAAAUCUUUUGGAGAAUAUUCAGCACAAACUUAAAUUACACGAAAUAGCUUGCAGUGUUCUUUACAGAAGUUUAAAUGUGUAGCCUACAAAGUACCAACAGCAGUUAGCAAAGAACUAGUGAACACAGGCUUCUGAUCAGAUGGUCUGAGACUCAGCAAGCAAACUGAGGGAGAUGAAGCCCGUGUUACCAUGUGGAUUGAAACUCUGGGAGGCUGUUUCUCUUGUCUUUCCACAAUACUCAGAACACAGCCAUCCUCAGAAAACUGUGGUGCCUGUUACUUCUUUUUAUUUUUAAGGUUCAAGAGCAUCCCUAAGCAUUGGCUUUUAGAAAUAUCCACUGUGAUAGCAAAAAUAUUUCCAGUUUCACUGUGUCUCUGAAAGUGAUGCAUGAGUUGGAUGGGAUUAUGUCAUUUUGAUGUAUUUAACCCAAGGAAAGCCCAUUUUCAUGUUUGGAAUCUUUUUGUUUUUUGUAAACAUGUGAUUAAAAUAAAACUGUUGUGGUUUUUCUGAAACAUAUUUUAAAGCCAAGGGAAAACCCAAACUAGAUAAGUUUAGUUCAUCUUUUACUAGCUUUUAGUUUCUAGCUGGUGAAGCAAUUUUGGUCAGCGACACACUCUGGAAACACUCCUAUGUCUUGGAAGUCCGAUCUCCGCAUCUGUUUGUGUCAUUCAUUACAUGUAAGCCUUUGACAGCAUUCUUGACGCAGAAGUUACCUACCUAUUAGAUAGCUAGUGUCUUUGAAUAGUCUUUAUUUAAAAUACUGAAUGAUGCAUAUCUAAUGAGUUUUUCCUUCAUGAUGUAGUUUGUCUUUAUGUUUUCAUUUUUAAAUUCAGGAGAGGUUUAUCACUUUUCUAUAAACUAAAGUAACUUUUGGUAAUGUGUGAGACUUGUAACAUGUUAAAAAACUAAACCUGUAAGUUGUUUUAGGACUGUUCACUUAAUGAGUUUUUCCCUGUUUUCAACUUUUUCAUAACACAAAAACCAGCAUAGAUGAUGUAUGCUUCCCAUGAUCACUCUUGAGCUUCAGUUAGUGGAGAAAAUACCUGAGCUCACGUGGGGACAUUAUUUUACCAUGAUUAAACUGGCUAUGGUUUCUUAAAAGCAUGUUUUCUUUUUUCUUCCUUCCAUUGCUGAUUGAUAGACAGUAAGAUACAGCAAUCAUUUCCUUUUCUAAGGUGACAGCUUUUGUUAUAGAUGUAGGAACACAGUAUCCACAGUACUAUUUGUUUUAUGAGUAACAGUUGCACUAUUUAUUUUUGUAACAGUUGCAAAGCUUUUUAACACAUAAAAGCAUAAUUGAAAUUUGUACUAUUUAUUUACAAACAUAUCUACAAAAUAGAUAAGUGCUUUUUUUUUUCUCUUUUUAAUUAUAUCUCAGAAUGCACAAAGAACUCCCAAACUUGCUUGUCUACAGAAAGAAGGACUUGGGACACAGUGUAAUGGUUCAGUCUUGUGGAUUACUGUUGUGUUUGGUACUUGCAUUGGACUUUAUGAUGUAAUCUGUGAAAAUGGGACAAACGGAGACUCCUACCUCAAUAGUUCAUGAAAUAAGAGACCUAGUGUUGUGUCUGAUGUUCUUCAAAAAAGUAAUAUCCUCACUUGGAGAGUGUCAAAUAUACAUUCUUUGGGAACUGACUUAUAUAAGGUGUCCUGUAGGACUCACCCACAUUAGUUCCAGUAGCUACAUAGUUCUCCCUUUUUUAGAGUAGGAACCGCAUCUGUUAGUGUAAGGAACAUCUGUAUCAUUAAACUCCUUUGUAGACAUGCAUUUCUAUCAAAAUGUUUUUUGCACUGUAAACAGAGACCCCUUUUUCAACAAUCUUAUUUCAGAAAGCAUUACUGGACUUGAAAAGAUUGGUAAUCUCCGAGUCCUUAGUGAUGUUGAGGGGCUGGAGUGAUUUUCAGUUUCUAAUGAGGGUGCAGUUAAUACCGAAUGUGAGUGUGGGACUGCUUGGCAGCGUGUAUUUCUUCUUCAGAACCUUGAUGAGGCUCUAUACUUAAACUUACUAGCCCUCCAGCAGAAGCCCUGUCUUAUUGUUUGUCCCCUUCCCAAAUCAGCCUUCUGAUUUUGUGACAAAAAUGUACUUUGAUUUUUUUUUUCCCCUUUAGGGAUGGAGGAAAAGGUCUGAUACUACAUAGCCUUAAGUAUUUCUGUCAUUUUUCAGAUGUAUUUUCUGUAACAGAAACAUUUGGAAUGUUUUCUUUUCCCCUUACAAAUUUUAAUUCAUGGUAUACUGCUGCUUUUAAAAGUCUCAGAAUAUAUAAUCUAACAAUUAAAUAUUGUAAAUGCACUUGUCUUACCUCUAAAUAAAAGGGUACUUUUCUAUUAA